AUGAUCUCAUCAUUCAUAUCAUUUUUCCUAAUAUUUCUACUGUGUCAUGUAUCAUUCGCUUACCAUAUAGCCAACAAUCGUCAGAUUCAUACUAAUUACAACUUUGAUACCGUAUCCUCAAUUCAAUCACCAUUCGAAGUGAAUUGUACCAUAUCAUUAUGUGGCGGAGAUCUUGCACCUAUAUACUGUCAUGGUGAUAUCCUUAGCACCGCUUGGAGGUUCGGCCUACAAGAUCUAUGUCCAGGAGCAAGGAUGCGUUUCAGUGCAAAACAAAUAUUGGAAAAUUUUCAGAAAUUAAAGUAUCCUAUUGAAAAGGAGGAAUUUCGCGAUUUCUGUGGAAAUAAUUUCGAGGACGCUCCAUACUUAAAGAAUGUGACAUUGCCUGAUUUUAAAAUUUGGCCACACUUCUUCGAUUCGAUCAGAAGGAAGGAUCACUUAAAGCUUGCUAAAUCUCUACAUUCGCUGUGGAACAAACUAUCUCGUGAAUUCGUUCGAGACGUUCAUCUUAAUACAUCAUUUUAUCCCAUUGUUCCCGUAAAUAAUGCAUUUAUUGUUCCUGGCGGGAAAUUUCAAAUUUUCUUUUACUGGGAUUCGUACUGGAUUCUAAAAGGUCUCUACCUGUCGGAAUUGGUACGCACUGCUAAAGGAAUGAUACAAAACUUUGCUGACAUCAUUGACAAGCAUGGAUUCAUCCCUAAUUCAGGAAGUAUUCAAUUAUCUCGUCGUUCUCAACCUCCUAUGUUCGUGCAAAUGGUAAAGGAUUAUUUUAAUGUUACGAAAAACGUGGAAACGCUGCGACGAUGGAUUCCGUUCAUGGACAGAGAAAUGCAAUGGUGGAUCAAUAAAAGAAGUGUAGAAAUCGAUUUACCGAGCAAAAGAACGGCUUUCGUUUAUCUUUAUAGGACGGAAACAAACUGUCCACGUCCGGAGAACUUCCUCUCCGAUUAUUAUCUCGGAUUGAACAGUACUGAUCCCAUGAGUUCUUGGACAGCAAUGGCAUCUGCUUGCGAAAGUGGUUGGGAUUUCAGCAGUCGCUGGUUUGAUCACGAAGGCGAGCGGCAAUACGCAAAGGUGACAAUUCGCACUCAGACUAUUGUUCCCGUAGAUUUGAAUGUUUACAUGGCUUUGAAUAUGAGAUUUCUUGCUGACUCGCACACAUUAUUGGGUAAUCAUAGCAUGGCUACUUGGUAUCGGGACAAAUAUGAUAACUUGUUAUUCGAUAUUAAUGCUCUUUUCUGGAAUAUGGAAGAAGGAGUAUGGUUUGAUUACGAUCUUCACAAAAGAAAACAAAGAUCCGAGUUCUACCCUUCCAAUGUGUUUCCACUCUUGUUAGCUGAAAUGGAACCGCAAGCCGACAAUGUCUAUAACUAUCUCGAAAGAAUAGACGUUUUUCGAUAUCCCGGUGGAGUACCCUCUACUAUGCCUGUGAAGUCAACGGAACAGUGGGAUUUCCCCAAUGUUUGGGCACCGACACAACACUUUUUUAUCCGAAGUCUUCUGACGUCGAAACAUCCUGGAUUGCAGCAGAGAGCCCUUGACGAAGCGGACAAAUUCGUCACCACUGUCUUUAAUGGAUUAUUCAAUCCACAGAGAGGCAUGCCAUCUGGAGUAUGGGAAAAGUACGAUGCUCGCAGUUCAGAGGGAAAACCUGGUGGUGGUGGAGAGUAUGUAGUACAGGAAGGGUUCGGUUGGACGAAUGGUGUUGUUAUGGAUUUAAUAAAUCUGAUAAGCACUCAUGACGUUUCCAUAAAGUCAACUGAAAUGAAUUUAUUCGGAGAACCAGAACGUGCUGGAUUCGUUAUCGUUGCCAUCUUCUUCUUGCUACUUCUGGCUACCUGGUUUGCCUCGUGCGGUCUGUACGGCUACUUUUGGUUUCCAAGACAAAGAGUAGUGCAAGGCGAAGAACGAUCUUCUCGACAUCUUCUAGAAGAAAGUGAUAGCGAUUAG